UCCGCCGCCCGCCCGCCAUGUCGGCUCCCGGGACCCUCAGCAAUUACUACGUGGACUCCUUCCUGGUGCCGGAGGGGGACGAGCUGGCGGCGCCCCGCUACGCCCCCGCCCCGCUGGGGCCGCCGCCGCGGCCGGCGGCGCUGGCCGAGCACCCCGAGCUGGCCCCCUGCAGCUUCCAGCCCAAGGCGCCCGUCUUCGGCCCCCCCUGGAGCCCCGCGCACCCCGCCGGCGCCAGCGGCGUCCCCGCCGUCUACCACCCCUACGCGCACCACCAGGCGCCCGUGGCACCGCCCGACGGCAGGUACAUGCGUUCGUGGCUUGAGCCUGUGCCGGGCUCCUUGUCUUUCCCCGGGUUACCUACCGGCAGGCAUUACGGCAUUAAACCUGAACCGCUGGCGGCCAGGAGGGCUGACUGUACCACGUUUGACACUCACACUUUGUCUCUCUCUGAUUAUGCUUGUGGUUCUCCUCCAGUUGAUAGGGAUAAGCAAAGCCACGAAGGCGCAUUCUCUGAAAGCAAUGGAGAAAGUGAGGCAAACGGAGAGAAACCGCAGAUCGAUCCAAAUAAUCCAGCUGCAAACUGGCUCCACGCAAGGUCCACCAGGAAAAAGCGAUGCCCUUACACCAAGCAUCAGACACUGGAACUGGAGAAGGAGUUUCUGUUCAAUAUGUAUCUCACUAGGGACCGUAGAUACGAAGUGGCCAGACUCCUCAAUUUAACAGAGAGACAAGUGAAAAUCUGGUUUCAGAACAGGAGGAUGAAAAUGAAGAAAAUCAACAAAGAUCGAGCGAAGGACGAAUGAUGGCGAAACGUGGGUUAAAAUGAAAACGCGUAAUGUAAAAGGGAAAAAAAAAAGUUAAAACAAACAAAAAAAUCAUCCCCUCGAGCCCUGCCAUGCAAUGCGUCUGGGUCCAGGCCUCAUUUUUUCCCUUGGCAAAUUCUGAUUAUGAUUGUACAAUGAUAGUCACAGAGGCCAGAUUGCCAGGAGAGGUACAGUAAGACUUUUGAUUUUCUAAUAGGAAAGAAAAAGGGGGCAUUAGCACGAAAAGGCUAUUUAACUGGCUUGUAUAAAUCUACCUGUUUCUUCACUUAAGGAAAGAAAAAAAAAAAAAAAGAAAAAGACUACCUUUUCAUAAUGCACAACUAUUUAGGGACUGUAUAGUUUAGUCUACGUAGUUAAUUUUAUUCGCUCUUUGCGUGGCAGAGAGAUCUCUGCUCUAAUACU